AUUGUAAUGCGACUUGAACCAUCGUCGGAACCCACGGUUUUUCUCUCUCCGUUAAACUGCAUUCAAUGCAGUUUAACGGGGAGAAAAACCGUGGGUUCCGACGAUGGACUUGAACAAACAAAAACAAAUAUUUUCAGAAAAAUUAAUAUCCGAAUUGAUAAUUCUUUUUACGAUGACGUCAUUUCCUUGAACUUUCUCGAAAUUUCUGCGGGACUAUUUCAAUGGUCAUUAAGGCGGAGAAGAAAGCCGACAGCAUUUCACGUGUCUUCUAGAAAGAACGUGAUUUACGAGUACAUCGUGCAAGCAGUCUACAUUUUUACUUAUAGUUAAUAUUAGCAAGAACUGUCAUAUAUCAUCGGAAAAACUUUUAUUGGCUAACAUGUCGGUUGUUGGUGUUGAUGUUGGAAGCCUCACAUGCUUCAUCGGGGUAGCAAGGACUGGAGGUAUAGAAACCAUCGCAAAUGAAUACAGCGAUCGGUGUACACCAGCAUAUGUGUCAAUGAAUGAGAAUACAAGGGCCAUUGGAGUGUCUGCCAAAAACCAGUGCAUCUCAAACUUGAAAAACACAUUCUCAUGUUUUAAGAGGUUUAUUGGAAGACAAUUCGAGGAUCCUUUAGUGCAAAGAGAGUUGACAAAUUAUCCAAGACCUUUCAUAGUGACACCUAGUCCAACAGGAGGCAUACUUUUACAGGCGAGGUACAUGGGAGAAUUACAAUCCUUCACUCCAGAACAGAUCACAGCAAUGUUGCUGACAAAGAUCAAAGAAACAGCAGAGAAUGUACUCAAGACCAAAGUUGUUGAUGUUGUAGUAUCGGUUCCCACCUAUUUCACAGACGUGGAGAGGAGAGCUAUGCUGGACUCCUGUCAGAUUAGUGGAUUGAAUUGUCUCCGACUUUUGAAUGACUCUACUGCAGCAUCAUUGGCAUAUGGUAUCUACAAGCAAGACCUGCCUGCAGAGAAUGAAAAACCAAGGAAUGUGAUAUUUGUUGAUAUGGGAUAUUGCACCACACAAGUUGCGGCAGUGGCAUUCAACAAGGGAAAACUCAAGAUGCUAGCAGUGGAAUCAGAUCCAAGUCUUGGAGGAAGAGAUUUUGACAAAGUUCUUGUAGAAUAUUUUGUUGAAGAUAUCAAAACAAGAUACAAAGUUGAUGCCAACACUAACCAAAAGGCUUAUGUGAGAUUAACUCAAGAAUGUGAAAAACUGAAAAAAUUGAUGAGUGCAAACUCGACCACCAUUCCUUUAAAUAUUGAGUGCUUCAUGAAUGACAAGGAUGUUUCAGGAAGAAUGGAUAGGGCAAAGUUUGAGGAAAUGUCUGCCAGUUUGAUAGAAAGAGCUAGAGCAUUAUUUACAAAAAUCAAGGCUGAAUGUAAGGAUAUAUACUCUGUUGAGAUUGUGGGAGGUUCAUCGCGUGUCCCUGCAGUGAAGAAUUUGGUACAGGAAGUAUUCGGCAAGGAGCCCAGCACAACUUUGAAUGCUGAUGAAGCUGUGGCUCGUGGCUGUGCACUGCAGUGUGCUAUCUUGUCUCCAACCUUUAGAGUACGGGAUUUCUCCAUUGUGGAUACACAGUCAUACCCUAUCACACUGUGUUGGCAAGGAGGCACCGAAAGUGACUCGUCUUUGGAGGUAUUCCCGCGAUUUCACCAAGUCCCAUUCUCAAAAAUGUUGACAUUCUAUCGCAAGGAACCAUUCCAAUUGGAAGCAAGAUACACAUCACCAGAGAUUGUCCCACAUAGAGAGUCUUAUAUAGGAUGUUUCAAUAUACAAAAAGUCACUCCAGCUGCCAAUGGGGAAAGUGCUAAAGUGAAAGUAAAAGUACGAGUCAACAACCAUGGUAUCUUUUCGAUCAUGUCUGCCACACAGACAGAACAGCUAGAAGAGGACGGAAAGGAGGAGGAAAACAUGGAUGUUGACACGGAUAAGAAAGCUGACAAUCCACCACCUGCAGAGGCCCAGGUUAAUGGAGAGGUUCCUCCUCAGUCGGGAGAGACACCCAUGCAGACUGAUCAAGCAGGGGAAAAUAAAACACCAGAGAAAAGUGAAGCUGGAGAGAAGAAAGAAGAGGGCAAAGACGAUAAAGAUGCUAAAAAAUCAGCAAAGAAAAAGGUGAAGAAAACGGACCUUCCAGUGGAACAGCUCGUACCUCAGCUGCCACAAGAAGAGAUUCAUAAGCUGAUAGAGCGGGAGGCUGAGAUGAGAAUGCAGGACAAGUUGGAGAAGGAGCGCUGUGAUGCCAAGAAUGCGGUGGAGGAGUAUGUGUAUGAAAUGAGAGACAAGAUUGCAAAUGAUUUUGCACCAUUUAUCAAAGAAGAGGAUGCAGAGAAAUUCAGCAAACUGUUGAUGGAGACUGAGGAUUGGUUAUAUGAUGAGGGAGAUGACCAGAAGAAACAAGUCUAUAUAGACAAGCUAGAAGAAAUGAAGGAAGUUACAGUAUUUUUUUUUCUUCUCUUCACUUUUGAAAAAACAGAUGCUACAGCUCUUUAGUAGAAUACGAAAAUGGAAUAUGAGAAAGAGGGCCUCCUCCACGAGAUGUUUGUCAGGCAGGCAGACAGUACACCAGACAAAAUUGCUAUUGUUGAAGCUGGAGGAAGACAACUGACCUAUCGAGAUUUAAACAGUGACUCUAAUAUCCUGGCCAAAUCUCUAAAAAGAACAGGUGUUAAAGCAGAUUCCUGUGUGGGAAUAUAUCUCAACAAAAGCAUCGAGUUCACGGUUACAUACAUCGCCAUUUUGAAAGCAGGUGGUGCCUAUCUACCUCUUGAUGUGUCUUACCCUGCAUCGUUGCUUGGGUCUGUCCUGAAAGAUGCCGAACCAGUGGCAGUCAUUACCUCCCCAGAUCUUCUUAGCAAUAUCGAAGGAGUAGAAAAUAUCAUUUUACUGGAUGGUGGUUGGCAGAUGAGACAAGAAAAAGAAAAUGAAGCCUACAAAAAUGAAACGUUCGAUUUAUCACUGGACAAUCUUGCUUACAUAGUCUACUCGUCUGGAACUACAGGACGCCCCAAGGGAAUUAUGUGUCCUCACCGAGGCUCCGUGUUCUCCUAUCAUCACAGACACAUCGUGUUUCCCUAUGAGACAGAGGACAGAGAAGCAUGUAACAUCUUCUUCACUUGGGAAAUGCUAAGACCCCUCCUCAAAGGAAUUCCAAUGUAUAUCAUUCCAAACACAGUGAUAUAUGACCCGCCCCUUCUGUGCCAGUUCAUUAAAGACCAUGCCAUAACCCGCAUGCUGUUCACUCCCUCCUUACUGGAGGCCAUACUAAACUCACCAGGACUUCAACUCAAGGACAUGUUCAAGUCAUUCAAACAGAUUUGGUUUUGUGGAGAAGUUGUCACAACAGCCUUACUGCAGAGAUGUAUGAAUUUGUUACCCUGGAUAAGGUUCAUCAACCUGUACAGUAUAUCCGAGUGUCAUGAUGUGGCCUGUGAGGAUCUAUCACAAUACUUCACAGAACAUAAGGAUGCUUUGAAGACCAGAAAAUUCUGUCCAGCAGGUCAGAUCUUAUCUGGGGUCAGCAUCAUCAUUAUGGAUGAGGAAGGAAACCCCCAGCCUGUGGGAUCAUCUGGAGAGAUAUUUAUUGGAGGACCUACUCUAGCAAGAGGUUACCUGAAGAGACCAGAGAUGACAGCCACUAGGUUUAUAAAGAGAAGAGAGAAUGUAGCUGCAUCCUGUGGUGACAGGCUCUACAGGACUGGGGACUGGGGUUACAUGCUGUCUGAUGGCAGACUGGAAAUCUGUGGUAGAUGUGACUCAAUGGUUAAAAUCAGAGGUUAUUCCAUAGAAGUUCAGGCUGUGGAAGCAGCCCUGAUGGACCUCUCUAUGAUUAAUGCUGCUGUGGUCUUAGUCAAGGGAGCAGAAGGGGAGGACAAAUUUCUGGUGUCCUAUAUUGUACCUGAAGGCCAGACGUCAAAGAAAGAGGUCCGCUCAGCCCUCAAGCAAAAACUCCCCUUCUACAUGAUCCCUUCCUACUUCAUCUUCCUUUCCAGCAUUCCAAUAGUUCAAGCCACAGGAAAAUUAGACAAAAAUGCAUUACCUCCCUUUGACAAAGAGUCUUCAGAGGAUGGCUGCAGUCUGAUGUCACCUUCCACAGAAACCGAGAAAAUUGUGACAGUCAUGUGGACAAAAGUUCUAAACAUCAGACAUGCCGACAUUGAAGAAAGCUUUUUCGAUCUAGGAGGGCAUUCACUUCUUGCCACAAAAUUACUGAAUCAUAUCAGGGAAAAAUUUAACAUCAACAUUGCUGUCAAGGACUUGUUUUUGUUCCCUACAAUAUCAUCCAUCAGUAGACUCAUUGACACCAAACUGAAUAAAUCUGAAGAUGUAAGACCACUGCCAUUCCAGAAAGUGAAUCUUGUGAAUGAGGUUCAAGUUCACAAUCAAGUCAAAGUCAAUAUUGACAUGCAGCUGAGAGCCUUUUGGAGAAUCUUUAACCUUGGCAAUAAAAAUAGAUUCCGGAAAGCAAGAGUCCUAUUAACGGGUGCCACAGGGUUUCUAGGAGCCUUUCUUUUAAAGGAACUUCUUUUGCAGACUAAGUGUUCUGUCACUUGUUUGGUUCGAGAGAUCCCGGGGCUGUCUGGCCAGAUGAGAGUGGAGAAUACACUCAGACAGUUUGGAAUUCUGGCAUCCAGCUCCACCCCCUCUGAACAGCAGGGUCUCCUGGCUAAACUGUUCCAAAGCAACGUACAUAUUGUUCAAGGAGAAGUAGCCUUGGUCAAUCUGGGAAUGAACGAUGAUGACUACAACUAUUUGUGUACAGAUACAGACUUCAUCAUCCAUGCAGCGGCUGCAGUUAAUCUAGUGUACCCAUACAGUGCUUUACAUGGAGCUAAUGUACGAGGCACUGCCAAUGUUGUACAAUUUGCAUGUACUGGGAAGAUUAAGCCCAUCCAUUACAUCAGCACAGAUGCAGUGUUUCCCAAUGGUGGAGAGAAUUGUGAAGAGGAUGCUGAUAUAUCCACCUUUAGCGACAGACUGACAGAUGGAUACUCACAGUCCAAGUGGGUGGCAGAGCAGAUUAUUACUAGUGCCCGAAAGAGAGGAAUUCCUGCAGCUAUUUACAGGCUAGGUAACAUGAGUGGGGACAGACUUGGUGCCCAUUGGAAUCCCCAGGACUUUACCCUGAUGAUCCUACAGGCCUGUGUAGGACUGGGAAUUGCCCCUAUUGUGGACUGGGAAAUGGAAAUGACUCCAGUGGACUUUGCAGCAGAGUUUAUUGUCAAGAUGACUUAUAACCUGUCACUUUCUCUAGGGAAAACCUUCCAUGUUGUCAAUGACAAGCCCCUGCAGUCAAGAUGGGUUUUUGAGUGGAUGAAUGCCCAUGGUUACCCUAUCCAACUCAUCAAAUUCAAAGACUGGAAAGACAGAGUGUUACAAGAAAAUGAUAAACUACAAAAAAAUUGUGAAAAUUUACGAGGAAUAAUAGAGUCAUAUGCAAGCGAUUCAGAAUUUUUCUCUAAACUAAGCACCUAUAAAACGGAGAACUUCCAGCAGGCUUUGAAAGCCUUAGAGAUGAACUAUCCGUACACAGACAACAUCAUGCUCAGUCAUUAUUUCCAGCAGUUGACGAGACAGAAAAUUAUAAAACCACUACUUUCCAAGUCUACAAAGACAGGAAAGAAACUGAGUGGUAAAGUUGCCAUUGUCACCGGGGCAUCCAGUGGUAUUGGAGAGGCCAUUGCUAGAGGACUGGCGACAGAAGGGGCCAAAGUUGCCUUGGCAGCACGGAGGAUUGACCGCUUGGAGAGACUCCAGAAGCAGAUUGAAGAAGAGGGAGGGAUAGUAGUUUGUAUCAAAACAGAUGUCACUCUGAGAAAUGAGGUAAAAGAACUAGUUCGACACACAGAGUCUGUGCUGGGACCAGUGGACAUUCUUGUGAACAAUGCUGGCAUCAUGUACUACACUAUGAUGAAGAACUUGAAUGAAGACCAGUGGGAGGCACAGAUUGACAUCAAUUGCAAGGGAUUAACAAAUUGUAUUGGGGGAGUGCUGGAUGGGAUGCUUAAGAGGAAAUCAGGCCACAUAGUUAAUCUCUCCUCAGAUGCAGGCAGAAAGGGGUUCCCAGGACUUGCUGUGUACUCUGGAACUAAGUUUUAUGUAGAAGGGCUGUCUCAGGCAUUGCGCCAGGAAGUGUGUGGGAGUGGCAUCCGGGUCACUUGUGUACAACCAGGGGAUGUUCAAACUGAAUUGUUUUCUCAUACAACUGACAAGGAGGCAAAAGAUGCCUAUGAUGGAAGCAGUAACCACAAGAUUCUGGAGCCUUCCGAUAUAGCCAAUGCUGUGGUCUAUGCCACCUCUCAACCAGAGUAUGUGGGUGUGAAUGAAAUCCUAAUAGAACCAAGAGAAGCACCAGUUUGAAAGCACAGAUAUUUUUCUAGUUGAAAAAAAAGACUCUUGUAUAUUUGUCUAUUAAGUUACAGAGAAGAAAAAACAUUUUUCAUGAUGAAUGUGCAAAUAUGAAAUAUUAAUUUUCAUUGUCAGAUGUCAAUUCUGUUCCUUGUGUAUACUUUACUGUAAAAUUAGUAUAUAUCUACAUUGGUAAGAUGUUCAAUAAAACAAGGAAAGAAACAGAA